GGGGGUGCCGCUCCCGGCGGGCUCCGCGGCGCGGGCCCGGUGCUCCCGGUGCAGUGUCCCGCGGGGGUAGGGGCCUGUCCCGGCCUCUGCGGGCCCUGCCCGGCUGCGCAGCUCGGCGCUGGGGCAGAGCGGAGGCCGCGGGAGGAGCGCGGCGGCGCCGGGCGGCCCGGGUGUGGUGCGGCUCCGCACGGGGACCCAACCGUGGCACCUGCUGCCGGGCCAUGAGGGCUCCCGCGGCGCGCUCCGUUCCUCGCAGCUGGGAAAACAAGUUCCUCCUUUCACGUCACAUUCUUCAUUAUAAGCAAUCCUGAAGGGGGUGCGGCUGGGGCUCGGGCAGUGGGAUCUGAUCUGCUGCAGGACAGUGUCAUGCCGCGCAGGCUUGAAGAGGCGGGGGUUGUCAGUCGCUGUUGUGAUGGGAUCCAGUGCCGCUCAGGAGCUGAACUUGCCUCGGGAGCCAUGUGGUCAGCUGAUGACGUUGCUGAGCUGUGCUACCUGCACUAUAGGACCAGACUCCCUAAGCAGGGGAAGCCAGAUCCAAGCAGGGAGUGGACGUCACUGGCAGCUGUUGUCAAAGUGGAGUCCGCAACCCAGAGAGAGGUUCUUGCUAGUCCAGGGACUGUGCAGGUUACAAAGGAAGUUGUUGCUAUGGGAACAGGAACAAAAUGUAUUGGCCAAAACAAAAUGAGAAAAACUGUAAUGUUGCAUAUUGUUCUCGUUUGAUUGUUGCUUCAGGAGAUGUUCUGAAUGACAGUCAUGCUGAAAUUGUGGCCAAGAGGAGCUUCCAGAGGUAUCUUCUCCAUCAGAUGUGGCUGGCAGCUUCCCAUCAGCAAUGCAGUAUCUUUAUUCCAGGAACUGAAACUGGGAAAUGGAAACUCAAACCAAAUGUCAUAUUUAUUUUCUUCUCCAGUCAUACCCCAUGUGGAGAUGCUUCUAUUAUUCCAAUGAAUGAACGAGACAACCAGCUUUGUAAGCCAGCAACUGAAGCUGAUGCUGUUGGACAAUUAGCAGAGUGUAGAAGUAACCAUGAUCAUUUGGGUCCGGAAGACAAAAGGAAAUCAGAGAAAAUGGCAAGUGAUCAUAGAAUCAAGAGAAUGAAAACUGACAAUGAUGGUUAUUUUUCCAUAAUCACUGAAGAGCUGGCUGUUCAGCAAGGAUCUGUGGAACGAGAAGAUGACACAAAUCCAGAGAGCUGCGAAGGUUCUGCAGAGAUGCAAACAGCUAAUAAGAAGACUGGCUUAGGGAGACCAAAGGUAGCAGAUGUAUAUAGAACUGGAGCAAAAUGCGUGCCCGGAGAGCUGAGUGAUGCCCGAAUACCUGGGCUAGGCUAUCACUGUGUGGGGUUAUUACGAGUGAAGCCAGGUCGUGGGGACAGAACGUGCUCAAUGUCCUGCAGCGAUAAACUGGCUCGCUGGAAUGUGUUAGGGUGUCAAGGAGCUCUUCUGAUGCAUUUCCUGCAGUAUCCAGUGUAUCUGUCAGCAAUUAUAGUGGGGAAGUGUCCAUAUAGCCAAGAAGCCAUGCACAGAGCAAUUAUUGAAAGGUGUCAGCACAUCUCACGUUUACCAGCUGGUUUUCUCGCCCAGGAGGUUAAGCUGCUGCAGUCGGAUCUUCAGUUUGAGCACAGCCGUCAGGCAAUUCAGGAAGCUCAAAUUAACAGCAAAACAAAACUUGUGCCUUGCAGUGCAGCUAUCAGUUGGAGUGCAGUCCCUGAGCAACCCCUGGAUGUCACCUCAGAUGGUUUCCGGCAGGGAACAACAAAGAAGGCGAUUGGGAGCCGUCAGAGCAGAUCCAAGAUCUGUAAAGUGGAACUCUUCCAUACAUUCCAAAAGCUGGUGAUGAGUAUUUCACAAGAGGAUCUACCAGACACUCUCCGGACGAAGACUCUAGAAACCUACUGGGACUACAAGGAAGCUGCAGUAAAUUACCAAGAAGCCUGGAAAGUGCUGCGUAGCCAAGCCCUACUGGGUUGGGUCAAGAAUGCCAAGGAAUACCUGCACUUCACAUGAGAAUACAUGCGGCUGUGUAAAUCCAGCAAUGAGCUCUAGUGCACAGAUACUUCUGCAGUUCCAGGACUAGGAAAAGAUAUCCUCUAGUUUAUGUGCUGUAAGGACACAGUGAAAAGGAAAGCAAUUUAGAGAAGUCGUUAUUUUGGUUGAGUUGAAGCCCCUUUUAAUUGAAAUAUACAAAAGAAUCAUUGCAGACUUGAAGUUCUGAGCUGCAUGAAACAAUUAUGCCUCGAAAGGAAGCAGUGAUGUGCUAUACCCUGUUACCUGAGGAUAUGAUCUUUCAGCCAUAGUCCACUGCAGUGGAAGUAAUGCCAACUGAAACAGAAGCAGUGCUAUGGCUGUCACUUGUCAAUUUUACUGCUGCUUUUUUUUUCCCCUCUUCAUAAUGUUAUGGUUCGUUUUGUGUUGCUGGGGCAACCCUGAUGUGUAGUAAGUAAUGUUUUUAUAAAUCUUGGCUCUCCUUGUCUGGUCCCUGGAAGAAUUUUCCACAUCCCCCAACCCCAUUGCUUCUAACUGGAAAUACUGGUUCUGUUAAAGGGUCUUUUUUUCUGGAAUUCCUUCAUGUAAGCUUCUAGUUACUAAACACAGCCAAAGCAGAAGCAAAAAAGUGCUGGGGAGAAGCAGUGCCAAAUAAUACCACUUACAAUGUAUCUCGUGCGUCCGUUUUAAUUUCAGGACUUCAUCAGAUACCUGUUCAACUCCUUUGCUUCUGUGGGCAGGAAAGAAACGUCCUGGAUUACCUGGUUCAAACCUGUCAAUCCUGUGUAAUUCCUGGCAAACAUUUACUUACUUUGCAGUGUUUCAAGUGCUGUCCAACCCCUGUCCCCCCGUGAUACGUGGUUAAUUAAAAGCAGGGAUGCCUUAGCCGCUUAUGUCACUGUUUCCUGGCAAGUGUUCAUUAAUAGCCUGGCAGAGGCAGAGAUGCUUUGGGGGGGGACUGAAGUGGUCUCUGACAGUCUUUGCCUUUAUGCUUUAUUACCAAGUAACGUCUGCAUGGCAGUCAGCCAACACUGGGAGCUGAGAGAAGCAGCAGGUAAUCCUCCAUAAGCUUUCUGUCCUGAUUGUUGCCUUCUGUGAGCAAGUUCAGGACUACGUAACUGCUACUGAGCACACUCCCCUUUUGUACCUUUGCUAUUGUAAAUUGUGCUUCAUAAAAUAUUUGGACAAGAAAAUGGCAGGAUGAAAGAAGUGGAUAAUUCAGAACCUAAGCAUUUUUUAGUGACUUGAGUUUUCUGGGUUUUGGUAUCUUACUAUAGUUUUGGAUUUGAAAAAUGGGCACAGCAGUUCUCCAAAGAGCCUGUACAGUCAACCUGCUGAGCUGCAUAUGGGACUGUUCAGUACAUAUCACAUUACAGUCUGAGAAUUGAUUACAGCAAAUCCUUUUACUUCACACUUGGGUUGACUUGUCAAAUAAAAAUAGUGCUUUUACUUGUUAAAGAACUAACAAAACUUGAAUUCAGUGUGUAUGAGCCUGUCCUUUCAAAUCCAGCAGAAAGAUCAGUUGUAUUGGUGAGGGGGGGAGUCAUUGCAUGUGUCUGUAGAGGACAGGGGAUUAUGGAGAAUGCUAACUUGCAUUAGUAACCAGAGGAUGAAAAAUGGCCAGAUGCUACUGCAGAUGGGCUACAGGGUGAACUGCUAAGAGAAAUAGCAUUGCAGGGGCAGAGUCCUGUAGUGUACCUAAGAGAUAAUCAGUACAUUUCUAGACUCCUGAAAUCUUGCAGAAACUGUAACUUACCAUACCUAGUUUCCUUUUGUUAAUUGAGAAAGUCUGUAGGGAACCUGCUGACCAGACUGGAAUGUUCCCAUUUCCCAUCCAGCUUCAAUAUUAAAAUAGGUUACAUAAGGCUAGUUCUGUCUUGGCAUUCAACUAUUUUUCAGAUGAGCAGUUAUAUGAUGUAAAUGCUUUUAACUCUUUCCUAAAAUUUGAGCCUGGCUGUUGGGAGAGGUUGUUCCUGGAUUUUCUUGUGCGUUUGUAAAAUACUUGUGAUCUGUAGAUUGCUGCUUUCCGCUAGUUGUCAGGUUUAAAAGCAGUUUUAGAGGUGCUGAGCAGGAAUACUAACCUCACUUUUGGAUUUAGUCGAGGACAUAUUUAAGCCUCACGCACUAAGAGUGAGUCAAUGAAUAUGCAGAGGGAGAAGGAGCUAAAUAAAGCAGCAUUUAAGGGUGGAGGGCUGAGCCUGCAGGAUCCAUAGGGAGAACAUUAUUAUGUAGAGACCCUGCCACAGGGGAGCACAGUUGUGGGUAGGUGUAAGUAGAGGAAAUGAAGUGCCCACAGCUAAUGGUUAGUGAGGACAACCAAACAGUGGCCAAAGGAAGCAGCAGAGCAUAUUAGGGAACUGAGAUUCACAAGGCAUCUUGGUGUAAAAUGAGCAUACUUGUAUUACAGGAUAGGUCCCUGACUUUCCCAAACUAGUAUGGGGGCCAGUGGCCCCUAUUUGUCAGAACAAAGAAAUGGUAACCCUUGUUUUGAGUGGGAUGUCUUCAACAGCUUCACUGUUGGAGACACCAUUCUGUUUUCAAUCACAGUAACAAGGCAGGGCCACCUGCUUACCUUUAAGGAGGUCAAAAACAGAGCAUGGGAACAAGUAUUUUUGUCCAAGAGCAGAAGUAAACAGUCUGAGCUGGAGGCUGCAGUUCAUGACACAACAUGCUAACAUCCAGUACCUUUGCAAAAGCAAGGUUUUGAUCUUCGCAGGGUGCUUCCACUGCUCACCUUAGGCAGGCUGGAGCACUUAACUGAUCUCAGUACGUCCAGAGUAAACUGAAGACUAUUCAAAUUACUGCCUUUGUAGAAAAACAAGCCAUGAACCCAAAACCCGGUGUAGCUUUUCACUAGGAGUUAAAUCAGCUUUGCCAUAAGCCCAGAAGCACUAGAGGAAAGAAUGAGCUAAAGCUGUGCUGCUGCUGCUUCCUUUUGCGUGUUACAAACUAUUAACUGGUUAUGAAACCAGACCUGGAGAAAAUACUUGAGGCAUGAGCACGGAAAGGAAGUGAGAAUUACUUCUGGGAAGCUACUGUUGGCAGGGAGGAAAUAAAGGCGUUGGAGUAAAAUUGGGAGCCACAGUUGAGGGGCUAUGAGCAGCAGUUCUUUCUCUCAAAGCACAACCAUCCCAAGCAUCUCAUAAUGUCAUUAUGAGAGGGUUGUAGUAGGGGUUUACAGGUAGAAGAUGAUAGUCUUUUUGAGGGAAGACCAUCUAAAUUCAUCUAGUAUUGGUUUAGUUAUAGUGGAGAUGACAUUUCACAUUAGCUUGAAGAUAGGCGAUGUGGAAGUGUGGCUGCAGGAGUUGUGAGGUAUUUGUUUUCUGUUCAGUGUAUAAAUUGAGAUACUUUUCCAGGCCUAAGGGGUUAGCAGAAAGUGAGGCUCACAUGGGACCCAAAUGCUUUUCAUGAUUUUACAGGAGUGACUGUGUUAUCUAAAGGGAUGCAUGUCAUCUCUGCCCUUCAGGUGAAACCUCUUGAUGUUUUAUUGCCAUUUUAAGUGCAUUUGUAGAGUAAAAGUAAGGUUGCUGCUUAGCACAAUUAUCCUUGCAUUCUCUGUUAUGACUCAUGUACCUGGUCUCCUAAAUCUAAACUCAUCAUUACAGAGAUGUUAGAGUAGUUAAGUGGGUUUUUUGAGAGGCUUAUGAAGGGUAUUCCAAAAGUCAAUGUUAUGUUAGAUCAUAACAUUGGGAAUAAAACUUCAUCUUCCCUUGUUUUGUUUAGAUAUAUCUAUAUGUUAGCAUGCCAUUAGCUUUAUCUAGCAGCUUUAAGUUACAUUUCUUACUCCUGUUAACAGCUAGCAAAACCCACUGAAAACCAUAGUCAAACUGUGGAGUUCCAGCUUAAAGGAAGCAGAACAUUUUCCAGUAAUAAAACAUAAUAAAAAAAUCACA